AUGAUUGAGUUGCCUCUGGUUGAUUAUCCGCCGUCUCCCACGGUUGAGAUACCUACAGAGUAUUCUCCGCCGUCUCCCACAGUUGAGUUACCUCGCCAGGAGUCAUCAGGCGGGGAGUCCUCAGGCGAGGAGUCAUCCGGCGAGGCCUCAUCCAGCGAGGAGUCAUCUGACGAGGAUAGUAUUCCUCCGCCUUAUGUUGAUGCUGAUGUCCUGCCGCCAGAGCAUGGGCCACAGGAGCACCGAGAUGAGGACGCUGCGCGGAUUUGGCUGGUGAACCAGCUAGGUGCGACGCUCUUUGCUAGCAAGAGCGGAGGCUACCAUACGACCGUCUACUGGAUAGGGAUGUUGGAGGAUCUUGGCCGAGUGUGCGAGUACGCUUGGGGCGCGAUUGCGCUCGCUACGUUAUACGACCAGCUUAGUCGAGCGUCCAGGAGGGGGACGGCCCAGAUGGGAGGUUUCAGCUCGCUCCUGCUAGGAUGGGUCUACGAGUACCUUUCUGACCGCGUCAUUAUCCGGAGGGCGGAUCCGGAGUACUCGCAGGACCAGCCUAGGGCGCGGCGGUGGGUUACGUCCCGGGUCCCGCAUGCAGGCCUUGAUGAGAGGCGAGUCAUGCUCGAUGAGCUGACGGUGGAUGACAUUAUAUGGACCCCAUUUGAGGACCAUCGGGCUGAUCGACCACGGGAUCCGAGGGCCAUGUAUUCUGGCUACAUCCGGUCGCCAUUUGGCCGUGUUGUUCGACGGCAUCUACCAGAGAGGGUUCUGCGCCAGUUUGGCUACAUACAGGAUGUCCCUCGACACCCCUCUGAGAUCCAGACGACUGGGUCCCUUGCUGAGACCACAGAUGCUGCCUAUGCUGAGUUUGAGCCGCACCUCCGCCCUCAGGGGAUCCCUGCUACAUAUCCGGGAGAGGCUGUGGAGGAUUACAUGAGGUGGUACAGCGCUGUGUCCCAUCGGUUCAUCAUCCCUGAUGAUAGGAGGGAGGAGUUCAGUGCGGUGACUGUUAUGCGUCGGGCCGUGGACUUGUUGGAGCAGUCACUCGAGGUGCCAGAUGCUCCUGCAGUGGGCACGCAUUCCCGAUCCCUCACUGAGAGGGCGCUGGAUCUUAUUAGAUCCAAUGCCUUCAUUGGUACCCAGGGGGUAGCCUUUGCUACUGUCCGAGGAGCUAGAGCUGCGGGAGGCAGAGACACAUAUUUGGACAUUUCUUGGCUUUUGAUUUGA